GAAUGCUGGAAUGUUACCUUACAGACCUCUCUCUUGGCCUGUUCGUCUGAGAAUCAUAAAAGGAAUAGCAAGAGGCUUGGCUUUUCUACAUGAAUUCAGUCCCAGAAAGUAUGUCCAUGGAGAUUUGAGGCCUAGCAAUAUUCUGCUAGGACAGAACAUGGAGCCUCUUAUCUCUGAUUUUGGACUUUGCCGCCUAGCUAAUAUAGCUGAAGAAUCACAAGCAGCCCAAUGCGAACAAACGACCACUGGAACACCAAAAAGAAGUUCAACACCAGAACAGAGUUCUCCAUUCGAGUUUACAGCAAUAAACGCUACCUUAAGCAGGUCUUAUUAUCAAGCUCCGGAGGUCUCAAAAGUCAGAAAGCCAACACAGAAGUGGGAUGUGUACUCAUAUGGAGUAAUCCUACUAGAGAUGAUAUCUGGGAAGCCGCCAAUGAUUCAGAUAGGUUCCUUGGAAAUGAAUCUAGUUCAAUGGAUUCAUCUCAUGCUCGAGGAUGGGAAGUUGAUGAUAGAUAUCUUGGACCCCCUCUUAGCUCGUGAACUCAACAAGGAAGAUGAGAUAGCUGCUGUGCUGAAAAUCGCUCUUGCCUGUGUCUGUAAGAGCCCUGAUAAGAGACCUUCAAUGAGGCAUGUCUUCGAUAGUUUGGACAGACUGACGUCAUGCAUUAAUCAACAGGACAUGCUUGAUGAAGUAGCAAAAUUCACUCAAUAAAAGAAAUGCAAGAUGAAUGCCAUAAUCAAUAAAGGGGAGUAAAGAUUUUCGAGUUAGUAUCACUGUACAUAGUUGUAGAAGUUCCUAAGAUGUUCCUUCCCUAUAUUUUAUUGGAUUCUUCUUUCCAAUUUCUCUUAAAUUAGAUGUUUUCUAGGAACAUUAGCUUUCACUUCUGAUUCUAAUGAUUGGCUAUUUAAUGGCCACCAAUAAAUGCAUACAAGACAGUAAUAAGUAAUCAAAAGAAUUCUGUACUUUUC